AUGAAGGUGAGGGCCAAGCUUUUGGCAGCUCUCGGUUCACUCAAAGAACAUUGCAUCAAUAAUAGACCUAUGAUCUCUAAUCAAAAGAUCCUCUCCAACAUAGAGGCGGCCAUCGUCCGGUGCACCGACCACCACGACGUGCCCAUCGAUGAGAAGUAUGUGCAUGAGAUCCUCUUCAUAGUCUCCAAUGCUCCUGGAUCAAUCACCUUCCUUGCUAGAAUGUCUACAAAGCUUGAGACCGUGCGAGACCCGGUGGUAGCUCUCAAGACCCUUGUUCUACUCCACCGUCUCCUUCGCGGGGGUGACCGCUACUUCGAGCAAGAUUUACGCAACUUGUGGUCUUCCAGAGACCUCCGACUGGACUUAACAUGGUGUGAAGGAGCUCCAGAUGGCUCACACACCUUUCUCCUUAACUACUCAUUGUUCCUUGAAGAAAGGUUGGGAUGGAUCAUAAACCAAGCUGGUAUGCUGGAGCCAAUUAGGCCACCACAGACCAACUUCCAGUCUUAUGAGGAGGAGGCAGCUGAAUUGGUCUUGCAUAGACUGAUGAAAUGCCAACUCUUUCUCGACCGGGUCAUCGACUGUUCGCCGGUGGAUAUUUCAUGCAUGAGCCGUGUGACACAAUCAUCUAUCAACAUAAUCUUGAGAGAGAGCUUUCGAGUCUAUGACACCUUCUGUGAGGGGGUACAAACUGUGGUGAGUUCCUUCUUUGAUCUUAAGAAAUCCACAAGAGGUCUAGCUCUUGACAUCCUCAAAAAAGCAUGCAGCCAAACCCCCCAACUCCAUGAAUUCUAUGAUAACUGCAAGAGAGCCAUAGUGGGCAAGAACUUGGACUACCCUUCUGUUAGAAUUAUUACAGAAGCACAGAUUUCAUCAAUGGAAGAGUUCUUGCCCACUGAACACAAUAAAACAGUUUCGGUUGCAUUUGAGGAUACUAGGUUGAUGGAAAGGAGCAGAGAAGAAGAGAGCAUGGUAAAAGAAUCCGAAGUGGAAAAGAAUGAAGGUUCAAGUACUCUAUUUUCUAAAAAACUAGAGACAAAGAUAAGCACAGUGUGGGUCGAAUUCGACGAGGAAGACUCACAAACUUCUACCUUCUCCUUUCUGGGGCUUGAUGAUCGGUUAGCAGCUGUUGCUGAUGAUUUGCCAACUGAAGGGGAGAGUUCCACAGCAGGGAAAGCCAUGCAUUUACUAUAA